UUUAGAUACUGGGAAUUGUGUCAUUCAAAUCGGGUUACUUCGAUUGUGCGCUACGAUGCCGCGCGAUAUUAUUACUUUGCAACUAGGACAAUGUGGGAAUCAGAUUGGGAUGGAGUUUUGGAAGCAGCUGUGCGCUGAACAUGGAAUCAGUCCUGAAGGUACACUUGAAGAAUUCGCAACAAGUGACGCUGAUCGCAAAGAUGUCUUUUUCUACCAGGCAGAUGAUGCUCAUUAUAUUCCUCGUGCUGUGUUACUGGACUUAGAACCACGUGUAAUCAAUACAAUAUUAACUUCACCUUAUGCUCGACUUUACAAUCCAGAAAAUGUAUAUUUAUCUAAACAUGGAGGUGGUGCCGGUAAUAAUUGGGCAGCUGGAUACACACAAGGUGAAAAACUGGAGGAAGAAGUGUUUGAUAUUAUUGAUCGUGAAGCCGAAGGAAGUGAUAGCUUAGAGGGCUUCGUAAUGACUCAUUCUAUCGCUGGAGGAACAGGGUCUGGGAUGGGUUCAUUUAUUCUUGAACGUCUUAAUUCACACUUCCCAAAGAAACUUAUUCAAACGUAUUCAGUAUUCCCAAAUUUAGAAGAAACUAGUGAUGUUGUUGUUCAACCUUAUAACAGUUUGUUAACACUAAAACGUCUCACUUUGAGUGCUGAUUGUGUGGUUGUUCUAGAUAAUACUGCUCUGCAUCGUAUAGCUACUGAUCGUUUGCAUAUUGAGAAUCCAUCAUUUGCACAAAUCAAUCAGCUGGUCUCCAAAGUGAUGUCUGCUAGUACGGCUACACUUCGUUAUCCAAGCUAUAUGAAUAAUGAUUUAAUUGGCUUAAUAGCUCCACUGACUCCAACUCCACGAUUGCAUUUCUUAAUGACUGGUUAUACCCCAUUAACAACAGAUACUGAAGUUCCAACUAUUCGACGGACGACUGUAUUCGAUGUAAUGAGACGUUUAUUACAGCCAAAAAAUAUGAUGGUCUCCACUCCAACACAGCGCGGUGUCAGUCAUUGUUAUGUUUCUAUACUAAAUAUAAUCCAAGGAGAAGUCGAUCCUACUGAAGUACAUAAAUCAUUACAGAGAAUUCGAGAACGCCGUAUGGCUCAGUUUAUACCUUGGGGUCCAGCUAGCAUUCAAGUUGCUCUGUCUAAGCGAUCUCCAUAUGUUCAGACACCACAUCGUGUUAGUGGUCUUUUACUUGCAAAUCAUACAAGCAUAUCAACUCUUUUCCUACGUACCUUAGCUCAGUAUGAUAAAUUGCGUACUCGUGGUGCUUUUAUUGAACAAUUCCGUAAGGAAGAUGUAUUUCGUGAUGAUCCAGAAUUAAAAGAAUUUUCUGACAGUAGACAAGUUGUUCAUAAUUUAAUUGAAGAACAUAGUGCAGCAACUCGAUCUGAUUAUAUUCAUUGGGGUGCUCAACGUGCUGCCGCAGUAGCUGCAACACAAGCAGCGGCCGCGGCAGCCGCCAAUUCAAAUCCUUGAAUUUCUUAUUAGAUAUUUUUCGAACAUCAAUGUUUUUUUGGUAAAAACUAUUCAUUUACGAAAACUACAUUUCAUACUUUUCAAAUGUUCGUCUCAACAUUUUUUUGUAAGAUUGAUUUUUUAACAACGUUUAGUUUUUUCAUCUGGUUUUUUUUAUUAAAAAAGAACACUUCAUUCUGAGCAUUUGUAAACAUAUCAGUAUAUACACAGGUUGUUGUGAAAACAUAAAUGUCCAAACCUGUUAACAAUUCAUGAAUUAAACUGUUUGAUAUUUCUACAUGCUUUUUCCUUUAAAAUAGUAAGCAGCUUCAGUGCU